UAGAGUCAGAAGAAAAAGAGGGAAGUGUGCCUCAGGGCUCAAGUAAACGGAGAGAGCUAGUAGUAGCCCGGAUGCUUGCUCUCCGGUCGAUCUCUGUCCAAACCCAACAAAAAAAGAUACGUAGAUAACGUCGUUGAUUCGACCCAGUUCUCGGAGUAUGAUCGAUCUGUGUUCGAAAUCUCAGGACGUCGAGCUUUCUGCAAACGGAGAGAACAUCCAUCGGCCACCGUUUUCGAUACGAAAUCGAGUUUCCGCCAGGGCAUGUGUGGUCCUUGCCGGUCAAACAUGAGAGGGGAUCAGAAUUCAGACUUGUGGAAACAAUGUGGUGGACGCACAAUGAAGACGAACCGCAGAAGAUAUUUAGUGGCUCUGCUUGCGCUCUCGGUACUCGCGUUUCUGGCAUUGCAAAAGUACGACAACCGACGCUGUGCGGAGAAGAGACCUGCGACAGGCUCGAGUGCCCGGCUGCAAUUGCAAUCCAAUGGGUCGGACUGUCAGAGAGUUUGUGGCAACGUCGGGAUCUUCUACCCUUUUGGACUUUCACCACAAUGCGCUUUCAGCUCGUACUUUGUGCUGGACUGCAGGACCGACCUGGGACCAAAUCUCACGUCGGGUUUGAGAGGUCCGUGGCCGGUUCUGACUCACAUAGCGGCCACAUCCACUCUCGGACAACGUUUCAGCAAUGGCACCAUAACAACUGAACUUUUCGAGGUGAAUUUUCUGCCAGUAUUGUAUAUUCAAUCUGGCUUCAUCCUCAUAGAUACGACGAAUAUUAAAGCUAUGGGCUGCAGUAAAACGGUCAAUGCCAGCCUUGUUCUGGACGCGCAAAGCCCUUACUGGAUUUCUGAGGAGAACGUCUUCAUCGUCGUAUCUUGCCAGGCUCAAGGAUCGGCUACGGGUUCUAAUAGUUCUCUGAGUAACGGUUUCAGCACGACGUGCGGUCCAGUGUCGUGUAUCAACCAGAACGUGUUUGUGUACUGUGACAAGUAUGACUGCUGCGUUCAGACCAUUGGAGUGACCAAGGCACUAACGAUGACAGGGCAAGGAUCAGAGAUGACAGGGCAAGGAUUAGAGUUCGCAAAUUGUGGCUACUCCACCGUUGUGUAUCCAAGUUCAUAUCAUGGAGGCGGGGCAGGAUUUGGUGAUGGAUACUACGGAGUCGCUUUGUGGUAUAACAUCCAGAGGGGGCCGGAUAUUCUCGACUGCUCUGAAUGCUCCAUGGUUGCAAAUUGCACCAACUUUAAUAACGUCGGCUACUAUUGUAGUUGCGUUAAGGAGGGUUACGUUGGAGAUGGUUAUAAAAAUGGCACUGGCUGUGAAGAUAUCAACGAGUGUUUAGAGUCGAACGAAUGCGUAAGUAUUGCUACAUGCGUCAACACCGAUGGUAGCUAUGAGUGUAAAUGCCCUGACUUAAUGGAAGGCGAUGGUCGAGAUUCCCUGGAUGGAACUGGUUGCGUUUCCCUUGCUCAAAAUGGUGUCCAAACAGGAGUACUAAUAGCCGUGGCCGUCGUAUCUGGAAUAUUCGUGUUACUUUUGAGUUGUUUAGUCAUAUUCUUCACGUGGAAAAUGCAAAGACGCAGUCGUGAACUUCAAAACAUACAGGAAGAAUUAGCAAAAGACCACGUGAAGCCACCGUUUUUCAGCUACGAAGAACUCAAAGCGGCUACACAUAGUUUCUCUAGUUCCAACGAGUUAGGAAAAGGUGGAUUUGGCACUGUUUUCAAGGCUGAACUAGCAGAUGGCAGUGUUGUUGCUGUGAAGAGACUCACUCCGACAAAGCAGAAUACGUCGGACUUCUUGAAAGAAAUGGUAAACAUCUCGGGUAUCAAACAUAGACAUCUGAUUCAACUCAAGGGAUGUUGUGUAAGGGAUCACCAACGAAUGCUGAUUUACGAAUACGCGGAGAACAAGAGCCUCGCAGAAGCACUGUUUGGAUCAGGUCCUCAAUGUGGGACCGUCUUGAACUGGAAAGAACGUUACAACAUAUGCUUGGGAAUAGCCCGUGGACUUGCGUACCUACAUGAAGAAUUGCAGCCAGGUAUGAUUCACAGAGACAUAAAGCCGGAGAAUAUUCUUCUGGACAAGAAUUACAACGCAAAGAUUGCCGACUUUGGACUCGUCCGGCCCGCUAAUGAUUCAAAUCACACUCUAUUCACCAUGAACAUUGGAGGAACGAGGGGCUACUUUUCACCAGAGUAUGCACUAGAAGGCGUCGUUUCCGAGAAACUGGAUGUGUAUAGCUUUGGUGUUGUCUUGCUGGAAAUCGUUGCUGGAAGACAGUGCAUCGAUCUGAAGUUGCCACAGGAACAAAGUAUUCUACGCUCCUGGGCUAUAACGUUGUACACGGAAGGCAAGGUUUUGGACUUGGUCGAUAAAAGAUUAGAGGGCGAUUACGACGAAGAAGAAGUCCUGCUCGUGGUGGACAUGGCUCUAUCUUGUCUGCAAACAGAUCCCAAGAAACGCGCAACGAUGUCUCAACUGGUGAACUUCCUCAUGAAGAACUCAAAUGGAAGUGUAGCUGUGGACGUCGUCAACGAGCUAAAAUCCCAGACACCAUACAUGUGGAGCAUAUCAGAGGACGAACCCAACGUGGAUACCUAUGCUAGUAGCCAAGGCGUUCAAGGAGAAUCAGACGAACUUGCUUUAAUGUCAUCAUUUGCCACCGAAUCACAAGUCUCGGCUAGGGUGCCUCGAUAGUGCGUACAUAAGCUCAUGCAGUAUCUCAAGUUCCUAGAUUAGGUCGUCCGUACCCUAUGUUCUCUCCCAGAUAUCUCAGUUGACAUUACCUUUGCGUGUACCCUUGAGCCACUGACGUAGGGAGAUCAGUGCUUACCUUGAACAAGAGUCCAUUUACUUUAUGCUCCGUCCAAUUUCAACCAACUGCAUUCCGAUCGUGAGUUAUACAAGGGUCACAUAACUCAAUACUCUCUGUAGUUCCAAGCAUCUGCAUUACUUAUUCGUUGAACUUGCUAGUUAGAUUAGUUAGUUAGUUGCUAGUUGCUAGCUAGCUACUACAUGUCAAUAUAGAUUCUGGAUUGAAUACUGCCUAAUUUAGAAACCAGAAUUAUGUAGGAGAGAAAAAGUAUAAAUCUUAAGAUGAUAGUUUAGAAAUCUUAAUGUGAACUGAUUAGCUUUUUUAAGGUCUUCAAAUAUGACUGUAUAUCAGUCAUUAUUGUAGUCCUUCUUGACCAUGCAAAGACUUCACUCUGGAUGGCAAUAAAAUAUUUAUGUAAACUCCAAAAUUACUAUUUUACU